CAUCAGGACGAUGACCAGGGACUGCCAAAUUUGUGCCGAGUGCAAACCGCACUUCUACUGUCCUGACACGGCACAACUUGUCAAGGCCACCCGCCCUUUUGAACGCCUGAGUGUUGACUUUAAGGGCCCCCUUCCCUCCACUGACAGCAAUGUCUAUUUUCUCAGUGUUAUUGACGAGUUCUCACGGUUCCCCUUUGCCAUCCCCUGCCCCGACACCACUGCCACGUCCGUCAUAAAAGCCCUGCGCCAGCUCUUCACUCUGUUCGGGUAUCCCUGCUAUAUCCACAGUGAUAGAGGGUCCUCCUUUAUGAGUGAGGAGCUGCGCCAGUACUUGCUAGCUAGGGGCAUUGCUACCAGUCGGACCACGAGUUAUAAUCCCCGGGGUAAUGGCCAGGUAGAGCGGGAGAAUGCCACAGUGUGGAAGGCCACACUUUUAGCCCUUAAGUCCAAAGGGUUGCCGGUCUCUCGAUGGCAGGAGGUCCUCCCUGAGGCACUGCACUCUAUCCGCUCUCUGUUAUGUACGUCCACCAAUGCCACCCCUCACGAACGCCUAUUCUCUUUUCCCAGGAAGUCUGUCACUGGGACCACCCUACCAGUUUGGCUGACGUCCCCGGGGCCAGUGCUGCUCCGGAAACAUGUGAGGAGCAAUAAAUACUCCCCGCUGGUGGAGAGGGUUCACCUUCUCCAUGCGAACCCCCAGUAUGCUUACGUGGUCUUACCUGAUGGGCGGGAGGACACGGUCUCCAUCCGCGACCUGGCACCCGCAGGUGCAGCAGACCACUACCCUGAAGGCUCUCCGGUAACUGUGAACCCUGCACCAGAGGUGACACCGUACUCACCAGGCCCUACACAGACUCCUCACGACACUUGUAUACCGGGCGUUUCGUACACAUUUAUACCAGGCGCCUCGCACAUGCAUGAGGGAUCACUGGCGCCUAGUGGGCAAGAACACGCGCAACCCCCGUCCCCUGUGCAAUCGCCAAUGUUGCCGGCACCUAUGCGGUCACAGCCGGUGCUACGUAGAUCGCAGCGACAGAUUCGACCGCCUGAUCGGCUUGACUUGUAAGAACCUUCGCUACAUGAGGACUUUUUCAAACGAAGGGGGGGUGAAUGUGGUGAACUAUGUGCCUGUCGGGACACGCCCCUGCUGACUGCUCCUGUGGCUCCUCCCACAGGCCCCCUGUAUAAAGGAGACCUGCGGCCUGAAGAUCGG